AAUACUGCCGUGGUAAACGAAAAGGCCGUAACUGCAAAAUUUCACAUUUUGAGGUAAGAGCACAUUUUAAUGUUUUGAAGGUCGAGGAAUCCAAAAAUACAAGCGAAAACACCGUAUCUUCAGCCGUUUUCGAGAUAUGAAACUGUUACUCAACGUAUCUUACUAACAAAGUUGGAAAUACCAGGCUAAAAUACCGUAACUAUGAUUUACUUAGCCAAAAAGCAGUAAGUAAAAAGCAGUUACGGCUUUCUGGAAUAGUAUUCCCCACUUACUGUUUUUUGGCUUGGUAUAGUCUCACUCAAAGUCACUUACGGAAAAAUAAUUUACCAUUAAAAUGUAUAGGUACACAGAACAUUGAAUUUUGAAGGCACUCUUAUAAUUUCUGUUCUACUCACUCUAUGCAUUACAUGAAUCUCUUGUUGUCAGCUGAUAACUGAAUCAUCUGAUACAGCUGGCACAGAUACAACUUUCCGGAGGGAAAUAACUAGCCUACGAAAAGCAUUUCCUGUUCUCUAGUCUUGCGAGGACUUGCUAGACUAGAACGAGGUUCUAGUUGAUGAUGACUAUUUUUAAUAUUAUACUGAUGUGUAUUGAGUAAAAAAUUAAAUACAGAGUAUGAAGUGCGAAAAUUGUGGUCAAUGUUUCUGCAGAAGUCAGUACAUACAACAUAUUUCGAAAAAAUGUUGUAGGCCUAGGAAGCCUUCUUCUGACUGUAAGUCGUAUGAGAAUGUAAAUGGACAAGUAGAAAUGGAUGAGAAUAAGGAGUUCAUGGCUAUUGUUGAUUUGCAUCACUCACCUAAGGAUAAACCCAUUCCAAAUGUUUCUGAGUCGUAUGAAAAUCUAAGUGGACAAGUUGUAGAAGUGGAUGGGAUUAAGAAUAUUGAAUUGCAACACACAACUAAGGAUGUACCCACUCCAAAUGUUCCUGAGCAGUCGUAUGAAAAUCUAAGUGGACAAGUUGUAGAAGUGGAUGAGAAUGAGGAGUUGAUGCCUAUUAUUGACUUACAACACUCAUCUAAGGAUGUACCCAUUCCAAAUGUUCCUGAGCAGUCGUAUGAAAAUCUAAGUGGACAAGUUGUAGAAGUGGAUGGGAUUAAGAAUAUUGAAUUGCAACACACAACUAAGGAUGUACGUACUCCAAAUGUUCCUGAGCAGUCGUAUGAAAAUCUAAGUGAACAAGUUGUAGAAGUGGAUGAGAAUGAGGAGUUAAUGCCUAUUAUUGACUUACAACACUCACCUAAGGAUAAACCCAUUCCAAAUGUUUCUGAGUCGUAUGAAAAUCUAAGUGGACAAGUUGUAGAAGUGGAUGGGAUUAAGAAUAUUGAAUUGCAACACACAACUAAGGAUGUACCCACUCCAAAUGUUCCUGAGCAGUCGUAUGAAAAUCUAAGUGGACAAGUUGUAGAAGUGGAUGAGAAUGAGGAGUUGAUGCCUAUUAUUGACUUACAACACUCAUCUAAGGAUGUACCCAUUCCAAAUGCUCCUGAGGUACUAAAUGAAAACGGAGAAGAUGAAAAAGAAGAGCUACUCAACGAUCAACCAAUAAUAAUAGAUUUCGACUUCAGUGAAUUCUCACCAAGAAGUAACAAUUAUAUUUUUGAACAUACUGUUGAGAUUUCAAAUGAAAAUCAGACUAUUAAUCAAGUUACUGGCUCAGCCACUGAUGAAGGUAUGUUUUUGAACAAUAUAGUUAUUAUUGAUGCAACUGACCAACCAGCGAACCAACCAGCAAACCAACCAGAUUUGCCAACCUAUACAAAAAAAGGUGAACCCAGGAAACGGGCUCUCCCACAGCCCAAAUGCUAUAAAAAAACUAAAUUGAUUAAACAGAAAGAAAAACACCCAUUACAACCACCCUGCAAUAUUGAAAAUUGUAAAAGGAAAUGUAUUAGUGGAAUUAAUGAAGACCGGAGACAGAGCAUCCAUGACCAGUUUUGGCUUCUUAAUGAUGAGGAGAGAAAGAUGUUCAUCCUGACACAAGUGGAUCGGAAAAUAGUUUCUCAUAGGCGAAAUUAUGAAGACAACUCUAGAAGAAGUAAAACCUUCAAUUACUUUUUAAAAAAUAAUGAAGGUGAAUCCAUGCAGGUAUGCAAAACAUUUUUCAUAACAACUCUCGGCUACAAAAAAAAUAAUGACACAGCUGUAUUCAAUGUGCUUAAUCAGCCUCUUGACGUAAUAACUCCAAAACCAGAUCGAAGAGGUAAACACUCCCCUCAUAAUAAAAUUGAUAGGAGUGUAAUUGAAAAGCAUAUAUUGAAAUUCAACCCUUGUGUUCAUCAUUAUAGAAGAGAACAUGCCCCAGAAAGGAGAUACCUGCCCACAGACAUAAAUAUUAGAGUGAUGCACAACGAUUUCAUAGAAACUCAUAAAAAUCUAAACUGUUCUUAUGAAUUGUACAGAAAUGUAAUUUCUGAAAUGAAGAUUUCAUUUGUGAAACUUGGCCACGAAGAGUGCGAACGGUGUGAGACAUUUCAAAAACAUGACGUGUCUCAUGCCAAGGAACCGGACGAAAAAAACUGUUUGGUGUGUCAAAACUAUUCACUUCAUAAAAAAAAGUAUGAACAAGCAAGAAAAUCUUACAAUGAAUCUGCUACUUUCUGCAAAUCCAUAGAAUACACAGAAACCACAGUAGUUGUGUAUUCUAUGGAUUUGCAGAAAGUACUCAUGCUGCCACAAAUUGAACAAUUUAAAGAAUGUCUAUUCACGAGAAGGAUCAUUGCAUUAAAUGAAUCUUUUGUGCCUGUUGGCUGCCAACAGGCACAAAUUCAACCAAUCGCUUGUAUAUGGCACGAAGCUAUUUCUGGCAGAAAACAAGAGGAUAUUUGCAGCAGUAUUCAUAAAUUUCUGCUUUUAAAUAGAGAUUUUAAGAAAAUUUGCUUGUGGAUGGAUAACUGUUCAUCUCAAAACAAAAACUGGGCUCUUUUUUCUUACAUGGUUUAUAUUGUAAACAGUGAAGAAAUUGCGGCAUCUGAAAUUGAGUUCAACUAUCUUGAGGCUGGACAUACCUUUAUGUCAGCCGACAGUUUCCACCACCAAGUUUCAAAACAACUUAAACUGAAAGGCAAAGUAUAUGACUUCGAAGACUUCACUGAAGCAGUUCAAAAUAGCAACUCCAAAAAAGUGACUGUUGUCAGUAUGAAACCUGAAGACUUCUUUCUACCAUUUGACUAUUCAUCAAUAUAUUUAAUCAGUAAGGCCAUUCCCAGACCAUACCUGGCAAAUAUGGUCCAGGUAUCAUUUUCUAGAGGGUCCCUGUCUCUGAAGUACAAGACUUCUUUUGAAGGAGAGCAAACCACUUUGAAAUUUCUUAAAGUGAAGCAUGAGAAGAACCAAACUGUCCCUGCUCCAACAACUAGGUGCACUCCUCGUGGAGUUAAUGCUGCAAAGAAAGAUGGGAUUCUGACAAAACUAUUGCCUCUUAUGCCUGGAAACAGAAAGGCUUUUUGGUUGGGGCUACCUGUAAGUGACGCUCCCGAUCUUAUUGAUGAACAGGACUGUUAGUAGUUGAGGUAAAGCAACAGAUUGAACGACUAGAAGUUAUCACAACCACAUAUUGAUUAAAAAGACUCGUAAACUCCGGUGUAACAAACUGUAUCUCAAUUUCCUAAUCGAUAAGUGGUUGCGGCAACUUAUAGGCGUUUCAAUCUAUAUGGAUAUCUACCACAAUUAUCAGCUCCAAGAUAAGACAAGAUAUGAUCAAACUGCGGAUUUAUUAUUUUAAUAUUUUUAGGAUGUAUUAGUAUAACAUCCUAGAGAUAAUGAGAAUUAUUAUGUUAAAGAAAGAUUUCUAGAUAUGCAGAUAAUAGAGAAAAAAAAUUAAAUGUACUGAGAAAAUGUGUUAAGUGAAUGAUUACUAAAUGCAAUUUCAUUGUAUGCUUAAUGAAGCAAAUACAUGAAAGUACUGUAACAAUAUGUGAAUAAUUACCAAGCAAUGAUUACUCAGCUAUGACUUCUCAUUGCCAAGCAAAUCAUUACCAAAUAUUAUACUAUAAAUAAGUAUUAAUACAAGUUCAAAAUAGUAUUUAAGUAUUCAAGUUCAUAGUACUAAGUUAUAAAGUAUUUGAGUUCUAAAUUGUAUUAUAGCAAUUAAUUAUCAAGUAGGUAUUAUAAUAUUCAUUAAUAUCAGGAAUUUCAGGAAGUAAUUAUUACUUUUUAUGUACUCUACUUAUUUGAGUGACUUCAUUGAAUUACAAAUAAUGGUUAGUCUAGUGAGUACAGAAAGUUUAAACUCACUAUUAAAUAAAUAGUAGUAGAUGCUCGAAAGAUCCCUGUUUUUUUCAAGAUUUAAAAAACUAUUAUUCAUUUUAUAUCAAUUACCUUUCAUGUACUUACUAAAUUUUAGUCACUUCAUUAAAUGGCAAAUAAUGGUAAAUGAGCAGAAAGUAGAAAUUUUCCAUUAUAGAACCAAUAAAUAGUUGUAGAUGAAAAAAACACCGCUGUUUUCAAACUGAUAUGAAAAAAAUCAAUGUUGCUUUCCAUGAUGAAAUACUUACUACAUCUUUAUUACACUACUUCUAUAAUGUCGCAGUGAAUAUUUAAAAUCACUUACUUGAGUUAUAUAUUGAGGCUGAUUAAACUCCUCUUCUAUAAUUAGGAGUGGAAUGCAUUCCUCCUAUGCCAAAAAGUAAGUGAUUUCAAAUAUUCACUGUGGAAUGCAAGUAGUGUCAUCUUUUAGCAUAUAAGUUAAAUGAAAAAAAUUCUCUGUUUAACUAUUAUAUAUUUUUCAAAGAGAUUGACUUUUUCUCUGUAUAGUUGUAGCCUAUAUUAAAUUGAAUAUAUAGCCAAAUGUAUUGAUUCAUUAAUAUUAGCAAAGUUAUGGUAAUUGUUUGUAUAUCAUGCUUUUCCAAAUUUUAGUGUACAUAACUACACAUAAUAUUGGAAAUAUGCAAACAGUAGUGACAAUGUCAGUUAGCCAAGUUCUACAAUGAGUACUUUAUAAUAUGUUACAUUUCACUAUGUUACAUUAUAAUAUGUUACAUGUUCUUUACUUAUUUAAGUCACCUCAUUAAAUGGCAUUUUUAUCCAAAAUGAUUUUAUUCUAUUAUAAAAUUCCUAAAACAGACCAUCAGAUAUUUAGUUUCAAUGUUGUAAUAAAGAAUGCAGUCUUCUUGAGAUGAGGAUGGAACUUUAUUUUGUAACUCACAAAAUAAAGUUUUACUUAUUUUAAUUGCUGUACAAUAAAUUAAUAAGAGAGAAUACCAGAAUAAAAAGCAGUAUCUGUAAUUCAAAGUCUUUUACCUUACAGUAAUUACAUUAUUGAAAACACUUUUUCCUAUGCCAAAAAGAGGUAAGUUGAGAUACGGCUUUUUGGCUUCUUCUAAGCUAUUUACCUAUUUUUAUGCCAAAAAGAGGUAAGUUGAGAUACGGCUUUUUGACCUCUUCUAACCUGUGCACCUCGUUUUAAGCCAAAAAGAGGUAAGUUGAUAUACGGCUUUUUGGCAUAGAAAACAUGAACAGUGAAAAGGGUAACUGUAAGAAAAAAUAUGAAUGGAUUGUUAUAUAUAAAUGAAAAUAUAUUCAUAGUCUUCUACAUUGAAAAAGAAGUACUUUGAAAAAAAAAUUAUUGAAAUCGGUCACCUGGUAGAGACAGAAAGCCAAAAAACGUGACCCUGAUGGGCUGAGAUAAAACAUCAAUUUUCUCCAUUUGACUAUUUUGCAGAUACGGCCUUUUCGUUUACCGCGGCA